AGGAAUCGAAGGAAUAGGGCGGAGGGAAGGGAGCCACCGAGGGGGGACAGAGAAAAUGACAAACCACCGCGAUUUUUUUCUUUCAUUAGCGGCGCGUUAAAUUAUUAUACUUAAUGUCCAUCUCGCAGGACUUUUACAGACACUUGAAGCUACUUUGUCUACGGUGAACGGCGUACGGCCAUAAGCCCUGUCUUAUUUCCGUCUCCCACUCUGUCCCUCCAGGUGACUGCCUGUUCGCUCAGAUUGUAGCUCCGGGCACCACAGCUCCCCGUCCUUUCAGAAGAGUUUUCUGUGCCAGGGCCGAGCGGGUGGGUGGGAGACGGGGAGUUACGGAGGCCAUGCAUCAGGGGUGAGGGGCAUUUGCAGCGGGGGAAACACACGUCGCCGGGUGAGGAGGGGUUCAGGGCCGGUCGGUGUGGAGAUGAAGCUCAAACAGCGCAUGGUGGUGCUGUGUGCCGUGCUCCUCCUGCUGGGCCUGGCCAAGAUCUUCCUCCUGGAUGGAGGUGAAGGAUCUGCAGCCAGCCGACGGGACCUCAGAGCGUUUCACAAGAUGGAAGCUGGCCUUUCUCUGUCCCGCGGAGCUCGUCUCACCCACACCCUCCAGUCUCCGUGGGAGAUAGCAAGCCAGUGGGUGGGCCCGAGAGAGGUGUACCCUGAGGAGACCCCAGAGCUGGCUGCUGUGCUCACUGCCCUCAGCACGGCCAGGAUAGAACGAGCGGAUGUGGGCUAUAAGGGCACUCAGCUCAAAGCCCUGCUGGUGCUAGAUGGGGGACAGAAAGUGGUCUUUAAACCCAAAAGGUAUAACAGAGACUAUGUUGUCGAAGGCGAGCCGUACGCAGGCUAUGACAGACACAACGCAGAAGUGGCGGCUUUUCACUUGGAUAGGAUCCUGGGGUUCAGGAGAGCACCUCUUGUGGUGGGGCGAUACGUCAACCUGCGAACAGAGAUUAAACCUGUGGCCACAGACCAGCUGCUGAGCACCUUCCUCAUGCAGGGUAAUAAUACGUGUUUCUACGGAAAGUGUUACUACUGUCGGGAGAGCGAGCCAGCGUGUGCGGAGGGAGAGAUAAUGGAGGGAUCGUUAACCCUUUGGCUGCCAGACGUCUGGCCGUUGCAGAAACACAGACACCCAUGGGGACGCACAUACAGGGAGGGGAAGCUGGCCAGGUGGGAGUACGACGAGAGUUACUGCGACGCGGUGAAGAAAAUGUCCCCAUACGACGCAGGGCCGAGGCUGCUAGACGUCAUAGACACGGCCAUAUUUGAUUAUCUCAUUGGGAACGCCGAUCGGCAUCACUAUGAGAGUUUCCAGGACGACGGGGGCGCUAGCAUGCUCAUCCUGCUCGACAAUGCAAAGAGCUUUGGGAACGCAGCUCUGGAUGAACGAAGCAUCCUAGCACCACUGUACCAGUGCUGCAUGAUCCGUGUGUCAACAUGGAACAGGCUAAACCUGCUGAGAAGUGGAGCUCUGAGCUCAGCCAUGAGGCAGGCUCUGGCGUUCGACCCUAUCCACCCGGUCCUGGCUGAACCACAUCUCGCAGCCUUGGACAGGCGUCUGUCUGGAGUCAUAGCAACCGUUAAGCAGUGCAUGGAAGCGCAGGGCCCCGACAACACUCUAAUAGAGGAUCGGAUGAACCUCCCACAUCCCUAGAAAUGAGGGAGAGGAGAAAACUGAAAAACAGGAACAGCCAGGGCUUUACUUCCUGAGUCUGGAGAGGAGGAGAGGGACAUAGAAAGAGGUGACUGAGCAAACAGAUCAGUUGUGGUACUGAGGAAAGAGAUGCAGAGUGAGUCAAUGGAUCGACAGGGUGGAACAAAGACUGUGCUUUUCUUCUGCCCUUGUCCUUCUUUGUCACUCUGACAAGACCGGAGUGGUUCUCAGAAAGGAAUCACUGGAUUCAAAGUGUCAGAACUGUGUCACUUUCAGCUAUAAAAACUUUCUCUCAGGACUGUUGUGCACUAGAGGACAGUAUCUGCUGUAAGAACCGCUCCGUCUACUACUACUACUGGUUGUACCGUGCGCCAGUUGCUCCCUCCCAGUCCAGCUUUUUUUUUUUCUCAGCUUAUAAAAAAAAAAAGCCGGAGCUCGGAGAGAUGCUGACACACAGAAGAGCAGGAUAGAAGAGCAGGGAAGGUUCAGAUGAGCCACCAGCAUCUGGAAGAAACUGUUUGGAUCUUACAGUCCGAGAAACAGAAAAUCAGUUUUAGAACUGAAAUUUUUUUUUUUUUUCCUCUCUCUCUCUCUUUCCUCCCUUCAACUGACAUUUAACUUUGACUGGGAAAAAAAAAGAGAAUCAACUCAGCCCUACCCCAUCAGUGUGUACAUAUUUAACUAAGUAGUGACAGAAUUAUGAGAAGAGAGAGUAUACAUGUGUGGGUAACAAUAAAUAAACUUAAGGGUACGUGUGUGUGCGUGUGUGCGUGUGUGUGUGUGUGUGUGUGUGUGUGUGUGUGUGUGUGUGUGUGUGUGUGUGUGUGUGUGUGUGUGUGUGUGUGUGUGUGUGUGUGUGUGUGUGUGUGUGUGUGUGCGUGCGUGCGUGCGUGCAUGUGCAGGUGUGUGGGUGGCCAUGUGGGUGGAAGAUUGCCAUAUUGUGCGGUAAAGAGGACAGCUACUGACAUGAAAGACUUGAAGUGAGGGGACACAGAGGUCAAGUGUGUAGGUUCAUCUUCAGCAUUAAAGUAUGAUCUAUUUCAUUGUGGUUCUCACUCAGCCUUUUUUUCUAACAUGCGUUCACCACUUAAAAGCACAAAUACUGUUCAGAGGUAUGUAUUGGUGUUGUCAGUGUUCAUGUUAGAGGGGACUUUCACUUUACUUUUACUUUUAGUUGCUCAGAUAUUUUUUUUUUUUAUCUUACUCAGAUUUAACCUGAGUAGCAUUAUAGGUCAUAUCUGGAACACACUGGUUAUGGUUAACAUUUAGUUUAUAAUAACUAGUUUUAGUUUUCAUCUCUCCUCGUCUCACUUUCUGUAAAAGUUUGUUUUCGUUUUUCCAAAUCUGAAUCAGCUCUCAUGCGCUAAAUUUGGUCCAGAUUUAAGGCAGCAGUAACUGUUUUACUCUGUUUUUAGUCACAAAUUAGUCAGAGGUGUGAUUUCAAACAACUGGCCAUGCCUACGGAAUUACACUUGUUUCCGUUUCCUGAUUGUCUCCAAAAAAAAAAAAAAAAAAACGGAGUGCAUUGCAGUGUCAGUCUCAAUGUGAUUUUUUGUUUUGGUUGGUUUCUUUUUUUUUGUUGUUGUUGUGGCUGCAGCUUGGAUUACAGAUAUGUGCCCUUUGUGCCAUCUGGAGCAGCCACUCCCAGUUCGUUUAGUACAUCAAAGCAAACUAAAAUCCAUGGGGGUUUUUUGACAAGAACUUUGACGAUGACAGCAGCAAUGUUUUUCACUUGUGGUUUGCACACCUGUGAAUAAACCCCCGACAUCCA